CCCUUGGUAGACCUAAACUCUUCUGAGCUCCCUAACUUCUUAUUGUGUGUCCUGGCACUCAGCUCCUGGUUCUCUAGUCAGUGUUCCUGUUGCCCUUCACUGUUCACGGUUGUCUCAGAGGAGUAGUCCUGUUGGUCUGUAUCUGUAAAAACAACAAGGGGUCCUGUGGCACCUUAAAGACUAAUAGAUUUUUUUGGACAUAAGCUUUCAUGGGUAAAAACCACUUCAUCGGCUGCAUGGGGAGAGAGAUGUACUAGCAUGCCAAAAAAAGGGAGUAAUUUAUCAAGAGAGGAAAUUUUCCUAUGUAGUGCAAUAACCGUUCUAAGUUAUGACACAGCCAGACAAGUACCCAGAAGCCACCUACUACAGGACAUGCCCAACAAGGAAAGUAACGGAACUCCACCUACAGCCCCCAGGUAAAAUCCCUCCUCUGCGUCAUUGACAAUCUUCAACCUAUCCUGGAAUAUCCCUCUCACAGGCCUUGGGAGACGGGCCAGUCCUUGCCUAGAGACCGCCUCCCAACCUGAAGCAAAUACUGACCAGCAGCCACCCAACGCACCACAGAAGCACUAACCCAGAACCUACCCCUGCGACAAACCCUGUUGUGAACUCUGUCCACACAUCUAUGCAAGUGGCACCGUGACAGGACCUAAGCACAUCAGCCACUCCUUCAGGGGCUUGGCCACCUGCAUGUCUACUAAUGUCAUCUGCCGUGGAUAUUGAGCAAAGGAUAAAUGGGCACAAAUCAGACAUUGAGACAGGUAAGGUAAGAAAAUCAUAGAACAGAAACUUCACUGAACGCUCAGGAACCAGUUUAAAAGUAGCCAUCCUUCUACCAAAAACUUCCAGCCCAGAUCAGAGAGGAACAGCAGAGCUGCGAUUCAUUUGCAGAUUUAACAGACCAAAUUAGGACUGCAUAAGGACUUAGAAUGGCUAGCUCCCUACAAAGGCAGUUUUCCCCCCUCGUGGUAUUCAUACCUCCCCACCAUCUGAUGCUGUCUGUCAGCCACAUCCACCCUGACUGAAUUGGCCUUGUUAACACUGACCCUACACUUGAUAAGUCACUCCCUUCCUUUGCUAUGCUUGUACAUUUAUAUCUCCCCAUCUCUGAGGUGAAGUGGGUUGUACCCACAAAAGCUCGUUCCCAAAGAAAUCUGAUAGUCUUGAAGGUGCUACAGGACCCCUUGCUGUUUGAAACUGGUCUUUUGGUAAGUGUUUGUAGCGAGGCGGAGGAUUCAGGGGGGUUCCUUGCUCCCUGAGCUGCGAGCACUGACAGCAUAGAGGGCCAGGAGUGCAUCGCUCCCUCUUCGUUCCUCGGCUGGUGUAAAGAUGGGGUUGGUGGGCUCUGGAGGGCAUUUAGUGUGUCUCUUCCUGACAAAGGAGACGUUAACCUUUCUUUGCUUGCUGCGAGGGGGGGCCAAGAAGAAUGGGGUUGGAAUUGGGGGUGACACAUGUUUCGUGAGCACCUUUUGCUGUUGAAAUUUUUAAAGUGUUGAUUCUUGCCUUGAGGAGAAGGCCCCUCUAGCCGGCGGUGAGCAAGGGCUUCUGGGCUUGUUGCUCACGGGCCAGAGCAUCCCAGAGGUAGACGGAGAUGGCUUGGAAGCCAGGGUCUUCCAUCAGCUGAGUGGUAGGGCCACAUUCUGCGUGUGACCCACACUGUGAUAACUGGGGGAGAGGGAACAUCCCAAACGAUGUUUGGAAGCAGAUUGGUUUCUGUCGCCAUCUGAUGUUGUCUGCGGCGGGGGGUGCGUGUUAGAAAUGUGUCUAUCCUCUGUCACUGUAGCUCUUCUCAAAGCUGGGUUGGCCUCCCCCCCAGCGCCCCGCUAAGGAGUCACUCACAACCGUUUGCAUUUACUGUAUGCAGUGCUGUGAGGGUUUGUACUUGUGCGGCUGUACGCACGGUCCUUACUACACAGCACGGGACGGGUAGAGUCAGUGGCAGAGCAGGGAUUUCAUGCCCAGGCUUGGAUCGAUCCAGAUGAGACGCCAACUUGCCUUGACUGCAGCACUCAAGUCUCCCACCCUAGAUGAGAAAAGCACAUCUGUCUUGGACCCUGAGCAGUAUCCGACUGCCCGCAAAGCAUCAGUUAGAGUCAUCUUGGUACAAGGGGCUCGCAGCGUUCCUCCCAGUGCGCCAGCUAAUGCCUCUCUCCUUGGUUUCCCAGGUUGUUUUCCUCCACUUCCCUGCGACCCGUGUUUCUCCUCAGCGUCUCCCUGCUGGGGAUGCUCCUGCUGGAGAGGUGGAAGCCCGGGUUCCUGUUUGAUUUCUCUGCACAGCCCUCGGAGGAGCCAGGAGGGGACAGUGAGAGCGUGACGGCCGAAUCACAGCCUCACCUGCUCAGCGUCCCCGAGCUGUGCUACUGCCUGGCUGAGAGCUGGGUCACCUUCCGGCUGUACCUGCAGGAGCUGCUACAGUACAAGAGGCAAAAUCCUGCCAAGUUCUGUGCACGGGUCUGUUUGGGGUGCCUGGUCCUGGCUACGGUGGGACACUACGUGCCAGGCAUAAUGAUCUCCUCCAUCAUCUUGCUCAGCGUGCUGCUGUGGCCGCUGGUGGUGUACCACGAGCUGAUCCAGAGGAUGUACACGCGGCUGGAGCCUGUCCUGAUGAAGCUGGACUACAGCAUGAAAGCAGAGACCCAGCACCGGAAGCACGCAAAGAAAAAGCGCCAAGAGCGGAGCGAGCCCCUGGCAGGGGAUGAGCCCAUGGCGGAGACGGAGAGUGAGAGCGAGGCGGAGCUGUCUGGCUUCUCCCCAGUGGUGGAUGUGAAGAAGACUGCGCUAGCGCUGGCCAUUACGGACUCUGAGCUCUCUGACGAGGAGGCUUCCAUCCUGGAGAGCGGGGGCUUCUCUGUCUCCAGGGCCACCACCCCACAGCUGACGGACGUGUCUGAAGACCUGGAUCGGCAGAGCCUGCACAGUGAGCCGGAGGAGGCCUUCGCCAAGGACCUGGCCGAGUUCCCCUCCGUGGAAGAGUAUCACUCCAGAGACCUGGGGCCACACAGUGACGACGAUGCCUUCGGCGUGCCCGUGGGCCCCGGGCUUGCCCACGAGCUGGACUCGGCGGAAAAGGAAGCUGCGGACACCCAGCUCUCUGUCCUCCAUCUGGCCUCUCCCCUCCACUUUGUAAACACGCACUUCAAUGGGAACGGGCAGGGCACGCCCGGGGGCGCGGAGCCGCAGCCUGCGGCAGCUCCUGGCUCGGACACCUGCAUUGAUGUGCUGAGCAAGGAGAUCGUCGCCUCGGCCAUCACCACGGUGGUGCAGAACACCCUCACCUCCGAGGCUAGCGAGGGGCCGUCCCUCUCCGAGUUCCUCCCCACGGAGCCAGAAGAGAAACUGAGCUUCCAGGCGCAGCUGUCAGAGUCCCAUGUGGUGGGGACUGAGACGGAGACGGAGGCAGCGGCUCCUCCUGAGGAGGAGGGGGAAGCGGAUGACUUUGAGCUACUGGAUCAGAGGGAGCUGGAGCAAAUGGAUGUCGAGCUGGGACUCGGAGGGCAGGAAGGGCUGGAAUCGCCUGUUGCUCCGCUUCCAGCUUCCUCCUCGCCUGCACUUUCUGAGCUGCCGCAGCGAGAUGACCCCGAGGAGGCGGGCGCAGCGUCGUCUUUGUCUUAGCUCGUCCCGUCGCCAUCCCUGGCAGGCAGGCAGGGUGGACUCCUGCUGAGAUGUCCAGUGCGUUUUAGGUAUUCGUGUUGCCUGGGCUGGCAAGAAGUCUGUGUUCAUGUGCUGUGUCUGGAAUAGCCCAACCUCCCUGGCCUUCCUCGCUCUGUGUGUGGGGGGCUGGGGGACCAGACCGCAAACGUAGCACCACCCCCAGCCAGCGCUUCCUCGUGAUGGUGCAGUAUUUUGACUUGUCUUUCGUUUUGCACGCAGAGUCCUGAGCUAGAUGUAGCGGCUGCUGUGCCCCGAGCCCGGUAGGACAGACGCAGCCUGCUUUUAUUGGGGUUUUAAAUGGCUGACAGUGUAAAUAAUUUUAACUCUGUGGUUCAUGUGGAUGGGGGGAGGGAAACACAACGUAAUCUCCGAGUGGGGGGAGCAAAGGCAGGCCGCUUCCUACCAGCAAGGAAAAGGCUGCAGAGCGGGUCUGCAAGGCUGGUACCAAAUCGUAGUGUCCCCGCCGUUGAACCGCGCGCUGGGCGUUUCCCCGCUGCCUGGCCUGUAUUACACCACCUCUCUGGCUUGGAGACAGCUGCUGCGAAUGGAGCAGCUUCUAGGUCUGGGCCAGUCGCUCCUUGCCUCGGUUCCAAUGUGUCCAGGCUCUCUCCUACCUAACCGCGGUGGCAGGCGGGUGGCUCUAGAUAGAUGCCUGCCAGGCCCUGGCUCCCUGCCACUGCCGCUUGUCUAGCCUCUUGCUGUGGCAGCUGGCUGGCUCCCUAGCGCUUUGGAAGUGUUGAUGGACGCGGCUUGUGGGGGCAGAGAAGGAACGGAUUGUUUUGUAGCCCUUGUCCGAGGGGCUGCACAGGCGGUAUCUGCGGGAGGGAGACCCCCCCCCCCCCAAAUCUUUCAUUUUAAAA